GUCAUGGCUUUGCAUCAACGCUGGGAUGAGAUCCCUAUUGCCGAUAGACUCUGCUUCACCUGUCGCCGAUUGGCCUGUUCCCGGAAAUAAGCAUCUCCACGUGGGGGCUGGCCUGGCAAGCUGUAGAACUAGUACACAUCCACCCUCCCAAUCACGGCCCUCAUGCCAGGGUGAUGUCUGAUAUCGUGUUUGUUUUUCGUACAUCAAGAUCCAGUAGCGAUUCUAUCCGC